GACACCAUGAUUGUGUGACAGGCGAAGAAGUAGAAGGAAAAUAUGAUGGAGGAACUGAAUAACAAAUUCCAUAAACUAGCAUAAUAAUAAAACCUACAAACUGACAAGGAAAUUAUCCGCAUCUGCUCCGAAAUAUAAAGGAAAACAUGGCUUUUGUCACGGCUAACUGGAAUCCUCUUGGAGAGAAUUUUUACAGGAAGAUUGAGCUGUAUGAGAUGGGCUGGAACCUGAAGGAUGGUCUCAGAGAUUGUUUAAUAGCUGCAGCUCCAUACGGUGGGCCGAUCGCUCUUCUGAGGGAGCCUCAGCGACGCUCUCCCAGCGCUCGACCCCAGUUAGAGAUCUAUUCUGCUUCCGGAGGGGCUCUCGGCAGCUUUCCGUGGAAGAGCGGUGUGGUGAAGCAACUGGGAUGGACGGUGUGCGACGAUCUCCUGUGCGUCCAGGAAGACGGCACUGUUCUUGUCUAUGACCUCUUUGGCAGUUUUAAGAGACACUUCAGCAUGGGCAACGAGGUGGGACAGAGCCAGGUUGUGGAGGCAAAGGUCUUCCAUUCACCAUAUGGAACUGGAGUUGCCAUAGUAACAGGAGCAUCCCGCUUUACCCUGGCAACAAACAUUGAUGACCUGAAGCUGAGGAGGUUACCUGAGGUACCAGGUCUCCAGGGGGUGCCAUCCUGCUGGGCAGUGCUUACCCAGGACAGACAGUGUAAAGUGCUGGUGGCAAACGGUGCUGAGAUUUUUAUUCUGGAUUACGGCACUUGCACCGCAGUGAGCCCUCCAGGUCUCUCUCCUCAGGCUACCAGUAUAGUACACAUGUGUGUGUCAUUCAGCUAUAAGUAUCUGGCCCUGUUCACUGACUCGGGCCACGUGUGGAUGGGCUCCAGCAACCUGAGGGAAAAACUCAGUGAAGUAGAGAUUAAAGUCAGAAAUCCACCCAGACAGAUGGCCUGGUGCCGCAGGCCGAGAAGUCAGCAGCCCUCAGUGGUGAUCAUGUGGGAUCGGUACCUGCUGGUCGUAGGAGUGUGUAAAGACACCAUCCCGUACCACCUCGAUGACGACUCGGUUCUGGUCCCAGAGCUGGACGGCGUUCGAAUUGUCAACGGCACAAAUCAUGAACUGUUGCAGGAAGUCCCAGCUGCCUGUGAGGAAAUCUUUAAGAUCGCCUCCAUGGCUCCUGGAGCACUGCUGCUGGAAGCUCACAAAGAAUACGAGAAAGAGAGCCAGAAGGCAGACGAGUAUCUGAGGGAGAUUAAGGAGCAGGAUCUGUUGAGCGAGGCGGUGAGGCAGUGUGUGGAGGCAGCAGGACACGAGCAUGAGCCAGAGACGCAAAAAACACUCCUGAGGGCGGCCUCCUUCGGAAAAUGCUUUCUCAGCAAUUUUCCCGCCGAGCCGUUUGUCAGCAUGUGUCGAGACCUCAGAGUGUUAAAUGCAGUGAGAGAUUACACCGUGGGCAUCCCUCUCACACACACCCAGUUCAAACAGAUGACCGUUCAAGUGCUCACAGACCGACUAGUAUAUCGCAAGCUGUACCCUCUGGCCAUCGAGAUCUGUCGCUAUCUGAAAACUCCAGAGUAUCAGGGUGUGAGUCGAGUGCUCAAACACUGGGCCUGCUGCAAGGUGCAGCAGAAGGAGGAGGCUGAUGAGGUCAUUGCAAAGACUGUCAGUUUAAAGCUGGGCGAUGCAGCUGGAAUCUCCUACUCAGAGAUCGCUAAUAAAGCCUACGAGUGCGGACGCACCGAACUCGCUAUAAAGCUGUUGGAGUUUGAGCCUCGCUCUGGUGAGCAAGUUCCUCUGCUGCUGAGGAUGAAGAGGAGCCAGUUAGCACUUAGCAAAGCUAUAGAGAGUGGAGACACGGACCUCGUGUACACAGUGGUAACAUACCUGAAGAACGAGAUGAACAGAGGAGACUUCUUCAUGACUCUGAGGAACCAGCCAGUGGCCCUGAGUCUCUACAGACAGUUCUGUAAGCAUCAGGAACAGGAAACGCUUAAGGAUCUCUUUAAUCAAGAUGACGAUCACCAGGAACUGGGAAAUUUCUAUGUGAAAGCUAGUUACAAAGAGAAGAGGCUGGAGGCUCGAAUGUCUUUAUUACAAAGUGCAGUAGAUGAGUACAGCAAAGCCAGGAAUGAAUUUGCUGCCAAGGCUACAGAGGAGGAGAUGCGUCUGCUGCGUUUCCAGAGGAAGCUGGAAGAGGAGAAGGGCGAAUGUGUCACGGGUUUCUCUCUGCAUGACACUCUGAGCACGUUGCUCGCUCUGGGUCUGCACAAGCAAGCCGAGCAGCUCUACAAGGACUUCAGGGUGCCUGAUAAGAGGUAUUGGUGGCUGAAGCUGACAGCACUGGCUGAUAAAUCAGACUGGGAGGAACUCGAGAAAUUUGCCAAAAGCAAGAAAUCACCCAUUGGCUACAUGCCCUUUGUUGAAGUGUGCGUGAAACGAAACAACAAGUUCGAGGCCAAGAAAUAUGUGUUAAAAGUCACACCGGAGCAGAAGGUCAAAGCCCAUCUAGCAGUAGGCGAUUUGGAAGGGGCAGCAGAUGCAGCUAUUGAGCGGAGGAACGAGGGAGAGAUCAUCACUGUCCUGUCUCACUGUUCGCCAGCCACAGACCGCACGUUGGUAGAGCGUCUAAACCGUGCCAAGGCCACCGCCACCAAAAAGUGAACCAGAACAUCACAUGACUUCGGCCUUUGCCAAAUAGUGAUCCGAUCGGCGCUCUCCCUGUCUUCUGCUCACGGUGUUGGACACUUCAGAGGGCUCUGAGCUUGUGUAAUGAAGUUUCAUUACAAAAUGCACUUAAUGAGACAGACCCUGCAGGAAACUCUGUGCAUUACUAUAGGGUGGAAAAAGAAAGAGAGCAUGUCCUCAAGCUGGAUUCAUUCAUUCAUUCAUCCAACUAUUAUCAAAUCUUUACUAAAACUGCAGUUAUGCCACACUUCCUAUACUUACUGAUUAUGAUCCAUCUGAUCCAUCGUUCUUGCUGUCUGUAUAAAUGAAUUUCCUCCACUUCUUUAUGUUUGUGUUAUAACUUGGAAAGCAAUCAAGUGUAAUUAAACUGUUACUGUGA